GGAUUGGCUCUAGGGCUGGGUAGGAAUAUCACCAGUUGUGGUGAAGGAUUGGCUCUAGGGCUGGGUAGGAAUAUCACCAGUUGUGGUGAAGGAUUGCCUCUAGGGCUGGGUAGGAAUAUCACCAGUUGUGGUGAAGGAUUGCCUCUAUGCUGGGUAGGAAUAUCACCAGUUGUGGUAAAGGAUUGCCUCUAUGCUGGGUAGGAAUAUCACCAGUUGUGGUGAAGGAUUGGCUCUAGGGCUGGGUAGGAAUAUCACCAGUUGUGGUGAAGGAUUGGCUCUAGGGCUGGGUAGGAAUAUCACCAGUUGUGGUGAAGGAUUGCCUCUAGGGCUGGGUAGGAAUAUCACCAGUUGUGGUGAAGGAUUGCCUCUUGCUGGGUAGGAAUAUCACCAGUUGUGGUGAAGGAUUGCCUCUAUGCUGGGUAGGGAUAUCACCAGUUGUGGUGAAGGAUUGCCUCUAGGGCUGGGUAGGCCUCAGUCCUGUCAGCAGAACAAGGCCAGCAAGCUCUGCCCUAGCCUGAGGAAACAUUGCUAAUGGAAGGGUCAGUCCUGCUGGGCAGAGCUGCACUUGUCAGAAUGGUUUCAUGCCUGGAAUAUCUCACAUUCCUCCAGCAAAACUGCCAGAUAAGAGGAAGCGUCCAAGUGCAGAGAGCACAAUGGAGCAAGUCCCUGCACACAGCCAUACUUGGCAAUACUGUGCCUGCGGACUCGGCUCUCUCCGCAACAAGGACCCCCUUCUGACAUUGAACUAAAGAUAGCCUGUCUGAACAAAGCAGGCUCUCCUCUGGGAUCGGGAUCCACCGUACGGACCUGAAGAAUGGUGCUGAAAUACACCCUGGUGUUUGGACAUUACUAAGGCGGUACUACGUAGGGCAUCGACUGGUCAACCGAUCUCCACAGGGGCAUCCAGCCGUGAGUCUGCGGUGUACAGGUGGCACUGGAUUGAUGGCGAGUGGUAUCACAGUCACGUGCGGUCCGAGUCUUCUCCUGCUUCAUGUAGAGCCCCGCAUACCCGGCCGAACCCUCCAGACGCUUUGAACGAUGGGAGAGAACGAUGACGAGAAGCAGAGCCAGGCCGGGCAGCUCUUCGAGAACUUUGUCCAGGCCACCACAUGCAAAGGAACACUACAGGCCUUCAACAUCCUCACCCGGCAGCUGGAGCUGGACCUCCAGGACCACCGGCACUUCUACAGCAAGCUGAAGUCCAAGGUGACCAGCUGGAAGGCCAAGGCCUUGUGGAAUAAGCUGGACAAGCGGUACGGCCAGAAGGAGUACAAGAAAGGGAAAGCGUGUCUCGGCACCAAGUGCCUAAUCAUUGGUGGGGGCCCCUGUGGACUUCGGCUUGCCAUUGAGUUGGCCUGUUUAGGAGCCAAAGUGGUUGUGGUGGAAAAGAGAGACACCUUCUCCCGAAACAACGUCCUACACCUCUGGCCCUACACCAUCCACGACCUCCGAUGUCUCGGGGCCAAGAAGUUUUAUGGAAAGUUCUGCGCUGGAGCCAUCGACCAUAUAAGUAUCUGGCAGCUGCAGCUCAUGUUGUUUAAGAUCGCCCUCCUGCACGGUGUAGAGAUCCACGUGAAUGUCGAGUUUGUGAAACUUCUGGAGCCGCCGGAGGAUCAGGAGAACCAAAAAGUUGGUUGGAGGGCGGAGUACCUACCCCAGGACCACCCCUUAUCGGACUAUGAAUUUGAUGCUAUUAUCGGGGCGGACGGACGCAGGAACACCCUGGAAGGAUUUCGAAGGAAAGAAUUCCGGGGAAAACUGGCCAUCGCCAUCACAGCCAACUUCGUCAACAGAAACACGACGGCGGAGGCCAAGGUGGAGGAGAUCAGCGGCGUGGCCUUCAUCUUCAAUCAGAAAUUCUUCCAGGACUUGAAGGAAGAAACAGGGAUCGACCUUGAGAACAUUGUGUAUUACAAGGACAGCACGCAUUAUUUCGUGAUGACUGCAAAAAAGCAGAGUCUGCUGGACAAGGGGGUCAUCCUGAACGAUAAUGCUGAUGCCGAGGCGUUGCUUUGUGCCCAGAAUGUGGAUCAGGACAGCCUGCAGUCCUACGCCCGGGAAGCCGCAGACUUCGCCACAAACUACCAGCUGCCGUCUUUGGACUUCGCCAUCAACCAUUACGAGCAGCCUGACGUAGCCAUGUUCGACUUUACCUCGAUGUACGCCUCGGAAAACGCCGCCCUGGUCAGAGAACGGCGCGGACACCAUGUCCUGGUGGCCCUUGUCGGAGACAGUUUACUUGAGCCUUUCUGGCCAAUGGGGACGGGCUGUGCCCGAGGAUUUCUGGCGGCCUUCGACACGGCCUGGAUGGUGAAGAGCUGGGCUCAGGGGACGCCGCCCCUCGAGGUCCUGGCUGAAAGGGAGAGUAUUUACCGUUUGCUACCUCAGACGACGCCGGAGAACAUCAGCAAAAACUUUGACCAGUACACGAUCGACCCCGCGAGCCGCUACCCCAACCUCAACUCCAGCUGUGUCCGGGGGCAUCAGGUGAGGCAUCUCUACAUCACCAAUGAACUGCAAGGCUGUCCUUUAGAGAGAGUGAGUUCCAUCAGGAGGUCGGUCAAUCUAAGCCGACAUGAGUCCGACGUUCGACCCAACAGACUUCUGACCUGGUGUCAGAAGCAGACGGAGGGCUACCGGAAUGUCAAUGUCACAAACCUGACCGGCUCCUGGAGAAACGGCUUGGCCCUGUGCGCCAUCAUUCACCAUUUUCGGCCAGAACUUCUCGACUUUGACUCUUUGAACGAGGAUGACGCUGUCAGGAACAACCAGCUGGCCUUUGAUAUCGCCGAGAAGGAAUUUGGAAUCUCUCCAAUCACUUCGGCCAAGGAGAUGGCAUCCAAUGAAGAACCCGAUAAGCUUAGCAUGGUCUUGUACCUCUCCAAGUUCUAUGAAUUAUUCCGAGGAACCCCGCUGAGGCCUGUCGAUUCUUCUCGCAAGGUCAAUGAGAACAAUGGGGAAGCCUUGUCUUCAAAACCGUCAAACUUGAUAUUGAACAAUUACCUCAACUUAACAUUACCAAGAAAAAGAGUGCCAAAGAAUGAAAAUAAGACAGAAGAGAACGACUUGAACAAGAGAAGAAGGAGGACGAUGCAGAUAUUUGAAGAGAUGGGAAGUUUCGUAAGUGAAAGUAUCGGAUCCGGGAGCGAAUGCAGCGACACCAAGGAGGUCAUCAACCAGAACAAAGUCCGGUCAAUGGCCACCCAGCUGCUGGCCAAGUUUGAAGAAAACGCACCGAAUACGUCCAUUCGGAGACAGGCUUUACCCCUCUCUGAUAAUUCCGUGCCAGAGCCUCCCCCCUGCGACCCGCCUCCCGUUAACCCUCGCUUUGCUAAACCUCAGGAUCCGCCCCCUCCUCCUCCCGCGCAGCCUCCACCGACAAGACAGUUUCAGGGAAUAGCUAGGACUUCACCAGUGGUUAGACCACCACCGUUGCCAUCCAUGCCCACUGUGGCUCCUGUGACCAGGGUGAGGGCUGCGGUGACCGUCCCCAGAGAGCCAGACCCACCUAUGAGGAGGCAGUCAAGGGAAGAGGUUGAACGACCCUCCAGUCCAGCAGAAGAGGGAGACUUCCUCAGCUCUACCUGUCCCUCUGCUCUUCUGCUGACCGGCAUCUUUGAACGUCUCCAGCAAAUCGAAGAAAAGGCCCAGCAGAAAAGGGCUCAAGCUUUGGCCAUCAGAGAUUUCCAUAAAAAGAACAUUAGGGAGAAGGCGGCGCACUUGGCCUCCAUGUUCGGCCCCUCGGACAUCCCGCAGGAUAAACUCUCCGCUCCCCGCUUACCUCAUUUCUCCUCUAAAAUUCCGUUCUUUGAGCCCCGAAUUCCUGACCUUUCUACUCCUUCAUCCGCCACUGACUCCGCCCCCAACAACGCUCAGUCUGAAGAGAAUACUCUCCUCUCUCCUGAUUUGUCCCCUCUCUCCUCUCCAAUCCCUUUCUAUGACCCUCCUGCUUCAUCUGCUCCUUCAUCCCCAUCUUACGCUGUCUCCGCCCACUGCGCUGCUCAGUCUAAGAAGCUGCUUCAACAUAGAGUAUCCGAUGGAGGGGCCCCGAUUAGGCGCAAGUUGUAUUUUCCCGACCCGGGCCAGGCGACGGUAGGGAACGUGUCCAGCCGGGUAGGAGCUGUGGCAGAAGUCCUUGUCUGCCUUUAUAUGAGUGAUCACAAAAGUAAAACGAGAUCCUCGGAGUUGAGCUCGCCGGACGUAGGGAUGACUGAGCCCUUUGCUGAAUCUCCUUCUUCUUCUCCUGUCUCUCUUUCCCAGAAGGGAUCCCUGAGGAAGGAGUUUCCUCCGAAUAUCGGUGGGAGCGACACGUGUUAUUUCUGCAAGAAGAGAGUUUACGUGGUGGAGCGGCUGAGCGCCGAGGGACAUUUCUUCCACCGAGAAUGCUUCAAGUGUUCCUUCUGCUCCACUGUCCUCCGACUGGGGAAUUAUGUGUUCAAUAUGGAAGAGGGUAAAUUUUAUUGCCAACCUCAUUUCAUGCACUCCUUCUCAAACAACAAACAGCGAAAGCGAAGAACAGAUUCAAAACUGCAGGAUGAAGAUAAAACAUGGAAGAAGGAAGAAGCCAGAGCUGCAGAGAUAAUGACCGAUAGUCCUUACAGCAGUUCAGAGGACAGCUCCCCAGAUGAGCCGACCUCCCCCAAGAAGUCCAGAAGUGACUCUGCGUUCAGCAAUUUUAAAAGGAGGAACUCGACCGUCUCCACAGAGUGGAAGGCUGUGAGGAUCGGUCCCGGGGAAGAGGCCGCGGAGAAUAACCUGACGGCUGUCCGUGUCAUGGUGCUGAGCGACGAGAGCAGCUCAGACAAGGAGUGCGCCCCCGAGGAGAAUCACGGCAGGAUUCAUCGCAGGAGACUCUCAUCACGGAAAAAGGAAAGAUCCUCUGAGACCCAGAAAGACUCGGGACACCCAUCUACAGCCAUUGAUGCACUUAAUCGGGCCAGCAACCACCCGACCGUCUCUCCCAACAAAUCUCAGAGGUGGAGGAAGAAAAUCCAGUCAACUUUCCCACUUCUAAUUGGUCGAAGAUCUUCUCAUGUGACAAGAGAUGGCUCUCCCACUGCUCUCAGUUCUCCAGACGAUGAGGUGUUUAACAACAAUAUUCCAGAACAUUUUCUACAGCCUCAUCUUGCUGGCCAGAGUUAUAAAGCUCCCGGGGAGGAUUACCCGGACAUACCGUCUUAUGUUCCUCAUUACAAAGCUUUGUCCAGCAACCAUGUGGCCCCAAAACACAGCGACUAUGGGGCACCUAGAACUUUGUAUCCAAAUUCCACUUAUCAGUAUCCCAACAACCCAUUGGAGAACCCUUCGGAGUAUUUCACCGACCACCGUGAUGUUUUUGAAAAAGAAGAGCGAAAGGAUGAAAGGAACAAGCAGGACCUGCAACGCCAUGAGCCAAACAAGCUGGCAAACCCAACGUUAAAAAAGUUAGUCCUUUCCAACGAGGAAAAAUCGAACCUUCUAGACUGGAAUUCAGCCAACCCCAGGCAAACCCAAAACUUUCAUGAGCAACCCUCUUAUGUCAACCACGACCCAGGAGGGGAGGCGGAGAGCAAGCCAAAGUCGGCAUUCUCCAUCUUGUCUAGCGCCAUAAAAAGGUCCUUCUUGCGUUCGGUCGGCUCUACUUCUGAGAGCCCAAAACCAGCUGCUAAACCCAAGCCGGCAACGCCGACAAACUAUUUUGAUAUUCCCAGUACGUUCUUCAGAAGGAGCUUUAGCAAUUCAGACCCCCAAACCGACCCUCAUGAUACCGAAAUGAACUUUUUGUCUUACCGCUCCUCCACACCUCGAGGUGAUUCCAGAACGUCUAAAGAGGGUCCAUCUUGGAAUUCUUCUCAGAGAUCCAACAUUUCUUCUAAAGUGGAAGACAUGCCGAAAAUGUUGGAGAGGUUCACCCUCAGAGAGAACGACCGAAACGGCGCCAUUUCAGAUAUACCUUUCCGGAACAGGAAAGACUCAAUUUUUUCGUCUUUGAGGUCGAUCACCAGGCCCUCCGAAAAUCCUUCAAGUGCAUUUUCCAAUGACUCUUGGUAUGUUCCAUGGGCCAUUCGGAGGAAGGCCAAUGAAAAAGAAGCGGAGGAGAGACCCCGGGCCAGUUCAGUGGCGGCUUCAAGUCUGCUUUCUGUUCCUCACCCAGAAAUGAAAAACAGAGUGGCAAAAAGUGAGAAUUACUCAAGUUCCUCCGAAGAUGAUUUACCGUAUGCACGCUCCUCACCUUUUAAGAAUUCCCCAGUUUCUAAACAGAGGAGGAGGAUGGAGAGAGAUGCCAGACUGAGAGCCAAACAGGAAGAGCUGAAGAGACUGCACAAGGCUCAGACAAUACAGCGGCAGCUACAAGAGACGGAGGAGAAGCAGCGGGCCCUUGAGAUCCAAGGUGUCAGGUUGGAGAAAGCUCUUCGAGGAGAAGCGGACGCAGGCGCCCAGGACGAAGCUCAGCUCCUCCACGAGUGGUUCCAGCUCGCCCUAGAAAAGAGUAAAUUGAAUCGUUACGAGUCAGAGCUACUGUGCGUAGCCAAAGAGCUGGACCUGGAGGAUAAGCAAGGGCGACUUGAACAACAGCUGCGGGAGAGGAUGAUGAUUGAUCGGGCUCUGAAAGACGAGAAGGACAUAGAAGAAGAAGAUGUCAUCCUUGCCGAGAUGAUGAGGGUCAUCGAACAAAGGGAUCAACUUGUGACCCGCGUCGACGAGCAGAGACUGAGGGAGGCCACCGAGGAGGCCGACCGCCUGGCAAAACUUGCAAACCCAUUUGCACGAGGCCACCAGCUGAACUUGGGGGUCAUGAGCAACAGGAGGAUUAUAUAACUCCAGGACACACACACUGAAAUGUUAACCAUACCUGGGGGGGGCACUGCCCUGCUGCUAAAUGACUUGGAUUCUGGUCCUGGCAUUCGUCUGCCACUAACUGGCAUGCCUUCUUUAUCCCUGUGCUUGCCAGUGUCAUUCUUUUCCAAACUGGAACCUGGCAGGCAAGCGUGUUCCCUGGUUUCAGCACCGCCCCCUGGAGGACAAGACUGCACAGCACAGAAUCAUAUGACCAGAGACUGCAGCGCUUCCAAAAUAACUGUGAAAUGUCAGCUGAAUUUGGCUGCAAUGCGUUAUAAACACUAAACUGAACUCACACUUAGUGGACUUUCUUAGCUAGCUCGGUUGCAAUGUUUUUGACUAGUAUUAGCUGGUAUUUGGUUGAUUGUAUUCGCUGCCUUUAGUUGCCUUUUAAUUGUCCUUUGACUUUUUUUUUUCAAAUGUAAAUGCAGUUUUUUUCCCA